UUUGAUAUUUUAACCAGACCGGUGUCUGGGCCGGCCGGGUCACUUCUAAUUCCAAUUUGGACUUAUUCAGUCGCAUCCUCUGUAUUUCUCCGGUUCUCCUUCUCCGACGAUUGCAGAGCAGAAGCUUGAUACAGGUAAUCGCUCGCUUGAGUAUUUGUCUACACAAUCAAAAGUUGCUGAAGCAGAUUACUCUAUUCCAGAACUUAAAAGCUAUGCAACAGCCGUUGCAGCAAACAAAAGAUCCUGAAAUUGCAAAUUCAGCUGUUUCAUUUGCAUCUCCGCUGAAGUUGCUGCUGUUGCAUCUCACAUGUGGGCUAGGGUUAGCCUCGGCUUUCUGGGUCACAUUGCAUUUUUAUUCGCUCACUCUCAUCCUAAAUCCAGCCCGAACCCUCCUUAUAGUAUGGGCUGUCGAGGCUUCAGUUGUGAUCCCAAUCUAUAGUCUGUUUCGGCGCAAUCCAGAUCAGUGCUCUUAUGUUAAAGCCAUAGCGAGAGGGAUUCUAGGUCUCCCUGCUGGUGCUUUAGUGAAUGCAUUCGGAGCAAUUGUAUUGGGCGCACCUGUUGGAAUUCAGCACUUCACAAAGACAAUUCACUGGUCUCUUCUGAUGUCUGUCUUUACGUUCACCCCUGCAGCUUGUGUUUUUGGCUCAUCUUGGGCUGACUGGCAUCGAGUAUUUGCUCACACAAAGCCAAUUGGAUGUACAGAUUUUAUGAUCUGUUUACCUGCGUAUGGAGCUGUUAUCGGAGCUUGGUUUGGUGCUUGGCCUAUGCCUCUUGACUGGGAAAGACAAUGGCAGGAGUGGCCAAUUUGUGUGACCUAUGGAGCAAUUCUUGGAUACUUGGUCGGAAUGGUAUUAUCAUCUGGACUUGCUAUCUUUCACAAUCGACGAAAGCACGAGAAGGGAGACUAAUACGGGAACAAUUCGCCAACAUCGUGGUACAAAGUGACGUUGAUUCAUAUUUCUUCGACGAAAUCUCACACGUUAUCUUUAAGCUCUUCUUCCGCCAUACGUGAUUCUUGCACAAUAUAAAUUUAGCAAAUUGAGAAUGUUCGCCUAGCAUGUUUUCUUAGGCUUUCCCUCAUUGUCAAGACUAGCUUCAUAUUUUACGGCACGUAGUUCUAGUUUUUGAGGUGAUGGGUGAAGUUUUUCGUAUUAUUUUUCCUUGGGAUUUGAAAUAUUGUGUUUGUUCAAAAAUGCUUCUUUAGUGAAAUCUGGCUAGUAUUUUAGUUUUCUAGCUUAUGGUUUAUGACCGCCGCUUA